CGCUGCUGUGGUACCGCUGUCCGGUCAAGUUGAAGUGGAGCAUCUCCAAAUUGCGCACGGUGCGUCAGCGGAGCGACAGACCGGAGCUUUGUGGGGAAACUAAACACAGGAAGAGUUUUUCUGAUUCUUUUUUCUCUUCAUUACUUUCCUUUUCUCUGCUGCACCAAUGGAAUGGUUUUAUUUAAUCGGAUUAUCGCUCCUCUAAACUCGGGUUCACAUCCGCGGCUCCACCGGGGGUCUGUCGUCCCUCCGCAGCCGCUCACAGCGCUCCUUCUCCGGGCUCCUCCGAGCUGCAGCGAUCGUUCUUAUGAGCGCAGCGUUUAGUCCGUCCUUCAUGGUGAUGCAGCGGCCACUCGGAAGCACAUCUGCCUUCAGCAUUGACUCUCUGAUCGGGGGGCCCCCGCAGCCCAGCCCGGGACACUUUGUCUACACUGGCUACCCGAUGUUCAUGCCGUACCGGUCGGUGGUGCUCCAGCCGCCGCCUCCGCCGCCCCCGAGCCUGCAGCAGGCUCUCCCCGCCGGCCACCACGGGCACCCGCAGAUCCCCAGCCUGCAGAGCGGCUUCUGCUCCAGCCUGGCACAGGGCCUGACGCAGGGCAUGGCGCUCACCUCCACGCUCAUGGCGUCGCUGCCCGGCGGCUUCUCUCCGUCCCAGCAGCACCAGGAGGCGGCCAGGAAGUUCAGCUCGCAGGCGCUGCACGCGGUCUUCGACAAAACUCAGGAGCUGCGGCUGGACGCGGAGGACGGCAAGAGUUUCCUGCAGGGGAAAGAGUCUGCGCUGCAGGCUUUCCACGACACAGACACGGCGGUGCAAACAUCCACAGGCAGAGCGCACAGUAAAGAAGACAAGGAGGACGAGUGCGGCCGGAAGGAUGAGAGCUUCUCCAUGGACAGUGACCUGGACUACAGCUCCGACGACAACCUCACCUCCAUGUGCCACAAGGAGGACGGGGACGGCGGCGGAGGGCUGGAUGACGGCCCGCACAUACACGGCUCCUCCGGCUCCGGGAGCGGCGGAGGCUCCGGGGGUGGCGGAGGUAGCGGGAAGAACCGGCGGCGGAGGACAGCGUUCACCAGCGAGCAGCUGCUGGAGCUGGAGAAGGAGUUCCACUGCAAGAAGUACCUGUCGUUAACCGAGCGCUCCCAGAUCGCGCAUGCGCUGAAGCUGAGCGAGGUGCAGGUGAAGAUCUGGUUCCAGAACCGGCGCGCCAAGUGGAAACGGGUCAAAGCCGGGAACGUCAACAACAAGUCCGGGGAGCCGUCCCGGAACCCCAAAAUAGUCGUCCCCAUCCCGGUGCACGUGAGCCGCUUCGCAAUAAGGAGUCAGCACCAGCAGAUGGAGCAGGCCAGACCGUAGAAGAAGAACUGACUUAUCAAGUGACUGAAUCCCGUGUUGAUGUUUUUUAUUAUAAGAGUUUAUUUCCUCUUUUAAACAUGGAAGAUGUUUCAGGUUUUUACAUUCAUUUAACAAAACAUCAACUUAUGACCUGCAGUCAACGUGCGGUUAUUUACUUUCUGACAUAAAUCAGAUGUUUAUACUUCUUAAAGUGCAUUUUAUGCGACUAUGACACCAUAUUUAACCAAAUAAAACUAAAGAUCCAGCAGAACUAUGAGAUGAUGCCACUUCAUUUACAAAAAUAAAAAAACGUCAUGAUAAAAUGUUAACAACUUGAAAUGUGAAAAAAAAAUCAAGAAAUUGAUUCGAUCAUUUUCUCUUUUUAUUUUAAAGGAAAUUCGAUUUAUUUUAAAAGGUUAAUUAUAACAAUAAUUAAUCUUAUUAGAGGGAAACUGUCCGAGGUCGAAUUUAAUUUAAAAAUGAGAAAAGAUCUGUUUUAAGGGUUUUCCAGACUUAAAGGAAGUUCGUUUUAUGAAGAAGAAGAAGAAGAAGAAGAAGAAGAAGAAGAAGAAGAAGAAGAAGAAGAAAGGGGAAACAUCUCAUAAAUCUAAAAUCAGCAAAGUGUUUGUUUAAGGUGGACGUUUUUGAAAGGUCAUAUUAUAAAAUCAUUUAAUUACAUUUUUGAGUCUGACAAAAAUAAUUUUGGGGAAACUGGCAGUGAGUUUAGAAAAUUCCUCUUUUAUCGAACGGAGUUUGGUUUUAUUUACUAAAAAUGACGUUUGGAUUCUAAAACCUGGUAGAAAUGAAAGCGCGUUGUUUUGUCGGAAGACUUCAGACUCCCUCGUGUUCUUCUUCUCAACACGAGACUCAGCGGCUCGUGAAACUGGACAUUUCUCUGCAGCAUUCAAAUAGUUUUGGAGCGACACCAAAAACUGCGUAAAGACGCGCCGCAGAGGAGGAGGAUGGAGAGACACACCGACAUGUUGCUUCGGCCGGCAACACGUUGACCAACCCCCCCCCCCCCCCCACAUGUAAAUACACACGCGGGACCAAAUUGAGGACAUCACGUGCAGAAUUCAUCACGUUAUUUCAAAAACAUUGUUGUUAAAACAUUGUGGGUUUCUCCGCAGCUCCGCAGCUCCUGGAGACUCGAACCCUCUUUUGCUUCAUUUCAUCUUUGUUUUGUUUUUGUUUUUAUUUUUUUGGACAAAAUGACGCUGCUAAUUUAUUUAUAUAAAAUUGUGCAAAAGUAACUAACAUUUCCUGAGAAUGGAGCAACAAAAAAAAAAAGAU